AUGCCUUCCAUGGCGAGCUCCAUCCACCCCGACUUCCGCGACGACGUCACCUCAGCGGAAGCCCAUGCCGUGGACCGGGAAACAGAACGUCUAAUCCAUCAACAACUAGCUGCGGACAACGCAAGUGGCCGUCAAAGAUACAUUCAGCUCGCCAAAGAGAUGCUGCGUAUUAGAUUGCGCGCCUACAAGCCCGAGUCACCACCCGUUGCUGGUGCCUGGUGCCUGAUCGGAUCAGCACAUCUCAAGGCCUCUCAGCUGCAGGAAGCAAAGGAAGCCACUGAGAAGAGUCUGGAAAUAUAUGCCGCAGGAAACGAUGCUGAGAAAGAAAACUCCGCGGCAUUGGCGAGGGAACAGUUGGGUUUGAUCUUUGAAGGCUUGGGCCAGAUGCCCGAUGCUAAGAGAAUUCGACUGCAAGGUGCGAGUGACGGAACGAUGGCCAAGACACGUCAGCCGCUGAGCUUCGACGGCAGGUGGAUGACGAUGGCAAGAUCCAAAGCCGGCGAGGUUAUCUCGGUCACGUAUUACACAAGGACGUACGCGAACAAGCAGCUUCCAAGCCCGCUACCGUCGUACCGCAACGCAGAAGGACGAACCCGGAGCAUGAACGACAUCGACUUCGAUACCGUCAGUUCAGAGAUCGUUGAGCGAUGCGACCGGAACGGUCUUACGGUUCUUAGCCUCACCGCUGCCGCGCUCAAAGUAUGGGAGAAACAUGGCCUCGAGCUACUCUCCCGGGACGACGUCAAGAAACUUGAGGAUGACGAAGCACCAACAGCAUCCAAAACCAAUGGCUCGGAGCGCGCGGUCCGCAAGCGAAACCGCAAUUCCGUGAAGACUGCCGAGCUUCCCGCCGCGAAGAAGAGGCAGAGCCUCACGGUCGCGUCUGCGGCAACCCAGACCGAAGACGGCCCAGUACUAUUCGUAUCUCAAGGCACGCAAACUGAUUCGCCCGUAGCAGAUCAGCAGAUCGCCGACCUAUCCGAACGGGAGCGCGAAUAUGAUGAGGAUGAUAGUGCUUGGGAGACGCAGCGUAGCGACAACGAUGAUGAUGACGUCUCGACUGUUGUUGGUGUCAUCGAGGAAAUCGGCGACGAAGCUGACUGGGAGAGUGAUGGAGACACUGACGGAGAGGCUGAGCAAGAAGCGGAUGGUGAUGAUGGUCUAGUGACGGUCAAGUUGCCUUCAGGACGGGAGCGUCGCGUCUCCAAGUUGAACGCAUUGCUGCUCGCAUGGGUCAACACUUGA